AUGAGCAAUGACGAAUUGCACAAGAAAAAGCAAUGGACAACCUCAUGUGCAAACCAAUAUAACGAGAUAUAUGCGGAAAUUUUAAAUUCCUUCGACACUCGCGAGGUGCCGCUAAUCGAUCCCGAACUAGACGGGGCGUUAUGGUUCGGGGUUAACGAUAAAGAUUUGAGGAAAAAAUUUACAGCAAUAAUAACGUCAAAUUUUCCUCAACUCUACUACUGUUGGACGGUGGUACCGGACAACAUCAAACGUUCUUGGUGGCAUUCGUUCAUCCAAUCUUUUCGGUGGAAAAAAAAGCACACCGAUAAAGUUUACAAAGAGUUCAACCAGCUGGGUAUGCAGCGGUUGAAACAAAUGAUGAACAAUGCCAAACGUCGUCAUCAGCUGCAUGGACUGCCACCGGAAUGGGCAACAAAUGACUUGUACCAGCAGCUUCUUUCGCAUUGGAACUCAGACCAUUUCAAGAACAAGAGUUCCAAGGCGAAACAAAGUCGUCUGUCCCAAAAAUUCGAGGGUGAUGGGCCUCAUCGUCAUACCUCCGGUGCUAAAUCAUUCAAGAAGAGGCAAAAAGAGAUGGUAUUUACUUAA